AUGUCACGUUGCUGCUGUCUUGAAAAGCUAUCUGUUUACAGUCUGCAUAUCUGGACCAGGCAGUGCGGAAAACGACUUAGGUCAACGCCUGCCGCCUGGGGCAAGUACUCAGCUGUUGGGUUCAAACUUGCGGAUCACAACAAUACUGUUCGGAGUGAAACGACUAAGUCAACGCCUGCCGCCUGGGGCAAGUACUCAGCUGUUGGGUUCAAACUUGCGGAUCACAACAAUACUGUUCGGAGUGAAACGACUAAGUCAACGCCUGCCGCCUGGGGCAAGUACUCAGCUGUUGGGUUCAAACUUGCGGAUCACAACAAUACUGUUCGGAGUGAAACGACUAAGUCAACGCCUGCCGCCUGGGGCAAGUACUCAGCUGUUGGGUUCAAACUUGCGGAUCACAACAAUACUGUUCGGAGUGGCACUAAGUCAACGCCUGCUGCCUGGGGCAAGUACUCAGCCGUUGGGUUCAAACGUGCGGAUCCAAAAAGCGCUGUUGGAAUUCUCCAAGUUACUUUCUAA